AUGGCGGAGCGCGGUCAGCUCCCUCCCCCCGCUAAGCGCCUCUGCUGCAGACCUGGCUACGGCUCAGGGUGCAGGCCGGGCCAGCGGGCGGGCGGCGGCGGACCCGGCAGCGGGGUGCUCUGUGCCGGACCCUCCUCCGCGGCCGCCGCCGCUGCCGCCCUGGGGCUGCUGCCGCUCGGCAAGACUCAGAGCCCCGAGUCCCUGCUGGACAUCGCGGCUCGCAAGGUGGCGGAGAAGUGGCCCUUUCAGCGGGUGGAGGAGAGGUUCGAGCGGAUUCCGGAGCCGGUGCAGCGCAGGAUCGUGUACUGGUCUUUCCCCCGCAGCGAGAGGGAGAUCUGCAUGUACUCCUCCUUCAACACCGGCGCCGAGGACCCCGCCGCCCCCGGGGGGGCCGCUGCCAGCACCGCGCCCGGCGGGGCCGCGGACGCCGCCGCCGACGAGAACCGCCUGCCCUUCCGUAGGGGCAUCGCUCUGCUCGACGGCGGCUGCGUCGAUAACGUCCUGCAAGUCGGUUUCCACUUGAGCGGCACGGUGACAGAUCCUGCAAUGCAAUCGGAGCCAGAAACUGUUUGCAAGGUAGCUAUCAGCUUUGAUCGUUGCAAGAUUACCUCAGUGACCUGUAGCUGUGGAAACAAGGACAUAUUUUACUGUGCCCACGUUGUCGCACUCUCUUUAUACCGGAUCCGCAAGCCAGAUCAGGUCAAACUGCAUCUUCCCAUUUCAGAGACACUCUUUCAAAUGAACAGAGACCAACUACAAAAGUUUGUACAGUAUUUGAUCACAAUGCACCACACAGAAGUUUUGCCAACAGCUCAGAAAUUAGCAGAUGAAAUUCUUUCUCAGAAUUCAGAAAUCAAUCAAGUCCAUGGUGCUCCUGACCCAACAGCAGGUGCUAGCAUAGAUGAUGAAAACUGUUGGCACUUGGAUGAAGAACAAGUCCAGGAGCAAGUUAAACUCUUCCUCUCCCAGGGUGGAUACCAUGGAUCAGGGAAGCAGCUCAAUUUGCUUUUUGCGAAGGUGCGAGAGAUGUUAAAGAUGAGAGACUCUAAUGGAGCUCGCAUGUUGACAUUGAUAACAGAACAGUUCAUGGCUGACCCUCGUCUGUCGCUUUGGAGGCAACAAGGCACUGCAAUGACUGACAAGUAUAGGCAACUCUGGGAUGAACUGGGUGCUCUUUGGAUGUGUAUAGUCUUAAAUCCCCACUGCAAGUUGGAGCAGAAGGCCAGUUGGCUAAAACAGCUGAAAAAAUGGAACAGUGUGGAUGUUUGUCCCUGGGAAGAUGGAAACCAUGGAAACGAGCUGCCCAAUUUAACCAAUGCUUUGCCUCAGGGUGCAAAUGCAAACCAAGAUUCAUCAAACAGACCGCAUCGGACGGUGUUCACUCGAGCUAUUGAGGCAUGCGAUCUCCACUGGCAGGACAGCCACUUACAGCACAUUAUCAGCAGUGACUUAUACACCAACUACUGUUACCAUGACGACACUGAAAACUCGCUCUUUGACUCUCACGGGUGGCCCCUCUGGCAUGAACAUGUUCCUACAGCCUGUGCAAGGGUUGAUGCAUUACGAUCUCAUGGAUACCCAAGAGAAGCACUGAGGCUAGCAAUAGCUAUUGUUAACACACUAAGAAGACAGCAGCAGAAACAGCUGGACAUGUUCCGGGCUCAGAAGAAAGAACUUCUCCACAAAGGAGUAACCUCAAUAACUAAUCUUGAAGGCUGGGUGGGGCACCCAUUGGAUCCAGUUGGCACCCUCUUCAGUAGCCUUAUGGAAGCCUGCAGGGUGGAUGAUGAAAGCUUCCAUGGCUUCUCAGACUUCACAGACAACAUGGGGCAGUGCAAAUCUCUGGAGUACCAGCACCUGCCUUCACACAAAUUCUUAGAAGAAGGGGAAUCUUACUUAACGCUGGCUGUGGAAGUAGCAUUGAUAGGUCUGGGGCAGCAGCGAAUAAUGCCAGAUGGCUUGUAUGCACAAGAGAAGGUUUGUCGAAAUGAGGAGCAGCUCAUUUCUAAGCUACAGGAAAUUGAAUUGGAUGAUACACUGGUGAAGAUCUUUCGAAAGCAAGCAGUCUUCCUAUUAGAAGCUGGACCAUAUAGUGGUUUAGGCGAAAUCAUCCAUCGAGAGAGUGUUCCAAUGCACACAUUUGCCAAGUAUCUCUUCACCUCUCUCCUACCUCAUGAUGCUGAAUUGGCAUACAAAACUGCACUGAGAGCCAUGCGGUUGCUAGUAUUGGAAUCUACAGCUCCAUCAGGAGAUAUGUCCCGCCCACACCACAUUGCAUCAGUUGUUCCAAACCGCUAUCCCCGUUGGUUCACGCUAAGUCACAUUGAGUCCCAGCAGUGUGAGUUGGCAUCAACUAUGCUAACAGCAGCCAAAGGUGAUGUUCGGAGGCUGGAAACAGUGUUAGAAUCCAUCCAGAAAAAUAUUCACUCCUCAUCACACAUCUUCAAGCUUGCCCAGGAUGCAUUUAAAAUAGCAACACUCAUGGACAGUUUGCCAGACAUCACUCUUUUGAAAGUUUCUUUGGAGUUAGGCCUUCAGGUGAUGCGGAUGACAUUGUCAACAUUGAAUUGGAGGCGGCGGGAGAUGGUGAGGUGGUUGGUAACCUGUGCAACAGAAGUAGGUGUUUAUGCACUGGAUAGCAUCAUGCAGAACUGGUUUACACUUUUCACUCCAACCGAGGCCACUAGUAUUGUUGCUACAACAGUGAUGUCCAACAGCACCAUUGUCCGUCUGCAUCUGGACUGCCAUCAGCAGGAGAAACUGGCCAGCAGUGCUAGGACGCUUGCUCUACAGUGUGCCAUGAAGGAUCCUCAAAACUGUGCCCUCUCUGCACUGACCUUAUGUGAAAAGGAUCACAUAGCUUUUGAGACCGCUUACCAAAUUGUUCUAGAUGCUGCUACGAAAGGCAUGAGCUAUACGCAGCUUUUUACUAUAGCACGCUAUAUGGAACAUCGUGGUUACCCUAUGCGGGCCUACAAGCUGGCCACUUUGGCCAUGAACCAUCUCAACCUGAGUUACAAUCAGGACACACACCCUGCCAUUAAUGACGUUUUGUGGGCAUGUGCGCUCAGCCACUCCCUUGGGAAAAAUGAGCUUGCAGCUAUAAUACCUCUGGUGGUCAAAAGUGUCAAAUGUGCAACAGUACUGUCAGACAUUUUGCGUAGGUGUACUUUGACCACUCCUGGGAUGGUGGGACUUCAUGGAAGGAGGAACUCUGGUAAGCUCAUGUCACUGGACAAAGCCCCUUUAAGGCAACUCCUGGAUGCCACGAUUGGAGCCUACAUUAAUACAACACAUUCACGACUCACACACAUCAGCCCUCGACACUAUAGUGAGUUUAUAGAGUUCCUUAGUAAGGCCCGAGAGACUUUCUUAAUGGCUCAUGAUGGACACAUUCAGUUUACACAGUUUAUCGACAACCUAAAACAAAUCUACAAAGGCAAAAAGAAACUGAUGAUGUUGGUUCGUGAACGGUUUGGUUGACAAAAAUGUGUGA